GUCAGGUAGCGUCAACAAAACUCCGGUCUACGUCAUUGCGUCAUUUCCGACGCAGGCGCAAAAUACCAUUUUCUGUCGCGUGUGCGGCCUCUCUUCCUCUACCGCCAUCAUGGGUCGCAUGCACGCUCCCGGAAAGGGCUUGUCCCAGUCAGCUCUGCCUUACAGGCGCAGUGUUCCCACUUGGCUGAAGCUCACAUCUGAUGAUGUCAAAGAGCAGAUCUUCAAGCUGGCCAAGAAGGGUCUGACUCCUUCUCAGAUUGGUGUGAUUCUGAGGGACUCCCACGGUGUUGCCCAAGUACGUUUUGUCACUGGCAACAAAAUUCUGAGGAUCCUCAAGUCCAAGGGUCUGGCCCCUGACCUGCCAGAGGAUCUGUACCACCUCAUCAAGAAGGCUGUGGCGGUCAGGAAGCACCUGGAGAGAAACAGAAAGGACAAGGAUGCCAAGUUCCGCCUGAUUCUCAUUGAGAGCAGGAUCCACAGGCUGGCCCGUUACUACAAGACCAAGAGAGUACUGGCCCCCAACUGGAAGUAUGAGUCCUCUACAGCUUCUGCUCUGGUGGCAUAAAUUCUACACUUUUGGAUUAAUAAAACAGUUUAAAUUGGGA